AUGACAACCCACGCACUCCUACAAGCAUUCAAGGCCUCCAAGCCCGCAUUCGGCGCAUGGAUCACCUUGCCUGGCGUGCUGAACGCACGUGCUGUCGCACAGGCCAGCCCACACCUCUCAUGGGUGAUGAUCGAUUGCGAGCACGGUCUUACAUCGCUCCAGCCUGGUGCGGCAGAGUCUAUCCAGGCCAUCACCGGUCUUGGACCCAGCGCGCCGAGUGCACUCGUGAGGAUUCCAGCCACGGGAUUGAGCGACAGUACAUCAUGGCAAAUUAAAUACGCGCUUGACGCAGGCGCACGGGGUGUGCUUGUUCCUAUGGUCUCCAAUGCCGAGAAGGCGAGAGAGAUCGUGGCCGAUAGUCGCUUCCCUCCUGGAGGUCGGCGCGGCUUUGGUAGUCCAUUCACCCAUGGCGUAUGGAGCAUCAAUGCCGCCGAGUACAUCAAAUCCGCAAAUGACAAUGUAGUGAUUAUGAUACAAAUCGAAACGAAGGAAGGGGUGCAAAAUGUUGACGCCAUCGCCGCUGUAGACGGCAUCGAUUGCUUAUUCAUUGGUCCUUACGAUCUUUCACUGUGCUUGGGAUACCCUCCUCCCUCUCCCGACCCGCACCCUGAUGUGGAAAUUGUCAUUCAAAAUAUCCUCAAAGCUGCACAUAAGGAAGGAAAGAAGUGCGCAAUUUACUGCACCUCAGGAAAGCAGUCCCUCAAACGUGCUGAGGAAGGCUUCGACAUAAUCAAUGUCACUUCGGACAUUGGCGCAAUGACCGAGUCAGUGGCAGCAAACCUUACCGCCGCAGUAGGCGGAGAAUCUGGAGCUGCAGCAUUCCGAUACUAA